GUGAAAACCGAGGGACGACGGCGUUCGAGUCAGUCUGCGUCCGCCAGUCGUCGCGACGUCCUCGCAUCGCUGUGACUUGCGCCGAUUCUUCGUUCAUACGUGAAUAUCGCAUAUAACGAGGGACCGACGUCAACGGCCAAAGUCUUUGCAGGAUAUUCUGUCUGCAAAUUCGAUACCAUUGAACGACAGUUAUAUUCGAUAGGAACAUAUAUCGAAUAUAUUUUCGGAGGAUCCGAUCUCACGAUUCAAAAAGAAAAAAGAAAAUUAAAAAAGUAGGAGCGACUAAUAAUUUUGCUUUGGAACUACUUUCGUGCAAAGAGGGGUGGUUGGAUGUACUUUUAAAAAAUAUAUUCGAGCAGAAGACAGGACUGUCCGGAACAGUCGCGAACAUCGCGAUUAGUCGCGAUUCGUCGUAAAGUGCCACGAGGACACUGAUCGAAUUAUCACGAGCGUAAUUAAUCGAUAUACGACGGAAGAGUGUUUUCACGGGGGUUGUUCCUCUGGCGGAUCCUCCGCUUCAAUCGUAAAACACCGCUGAUUCGCCAUUCGAUCUUGGUUACCUUGUGCUAGUAUUUCGUUCUUUGUCCCUGUUUCACCUCUUUUUUCGCACCUGUGUAUCUAUGCCAGCCGUUGAUUUGUCACUACACUAGGUGAGAGUGACAUCAACCGAGAAGGAAAAGAACCGAAGGAGAAAAAUAGAAAACUCGAGUCUACUCGUGGACCUCUUUUCGAUUUUUCUCUUUUAUUUCUCGCCACCCUCUUGAAUCACGAACGAGUUUCUAUGCGCGCCGCUGGAUGGAUCGUCAACUUUGAUAUUCAACUCGAUAUUUGUCGGCAAUCAUCGUUUGACGCUGGAGCAUGGUUGGGCACGUAGCUGGAGCGCGUAGAGAAAAGUGACGGGCGACGUAGUACAUAUGUUAGUGUGAAAGUGAGCCGAAACGAGCGACGAAAAGUGCAAGCUGGCAAGCCUACGGACUUCUCUUUCGAUCUUCGAUAUCCUGUUCGUCCGAGAAAAAUAAUCGAUUCUGUUGACGAUAUCAAGGAUUCUCUUUAAGACGUCGAUUGAGGCUGUACGAGCAUCUUAGCUGUGCAUGUCCGAGUUUGGUGAUUCACUGAAAUCGGCAAGUGCGGCUGCCACAUCCAACUUCUGCAACCCUAACCGGACAAGGAACUGUCGACGCGGUCUACGCGACGAAGAAAAAAGAAGAGAAGGAAAUGAAAAACGAUGCAAUUAUCUGGCCUUUGAUAGGUCUACGGCAUUAAUAAAGCAGAGAGUAAACCGGGUAAUUUCUAAUCAACGAGCGGCGAACGUUGGGAAGCUAGCAAACUAGCAAACGUCCGGGAAAUUCUUUUGAAAGCGAGAGAACUUACGCCGCGUUGCAGUGGGAAUUUUAAACUGCUGCCUGGCUGCCCGUUCGACUGGGCUGGACUUUAGAGCUGGAGAAUAUACAUGGUGAAAGUUUUGGCGAUGAAGAUGAGCAAAGUGGGCAACCAGACCAAUUCGCAGGACCCACAGGCGGUGAAUUCCCGAGUUUUCGUCGGGAAUCUAAACACGUUUCAGUGCAGCAAGACCGAUGUGGAGCGAAUGUUUCAGCGUUACGGCCGUCUGGCAGGAAUAUCUAUGCACAAAGGCUAUGCAUUCGUGCAAUUCACAAAUCCCUUUGAUGCUCGGAGCGCCUGCCUCGGCGAAGAUGGCCGCACCGUUCUUAGCCAGAUACUCGAUGUCAACAUGGUGGCCGAACCAAAACCCCAUCAAACCGGACGCAAACGACAGAAUGUAACCAAAACUGGCAACGAUUGGGACUACUACUAUGAUAGUUACUAUGCGUCGACUGCUUUUCCACCCCGUUUGGCACCACCAUUGAAAAGACCACGUCUGAUGCCACCGGCUCGAUCGCAACAUCCCAAACAACAGAAACAGCAACCAGCUGCGAACACGGCCACCGUUCCGGAUUUGAACCAAUUGAAAGUCUACAGCAACCCGGAUAUCCUGAUCUGUGGCAACUGUAGAGAGAUGUUUACAGACCUAGGCGAGUUGCUCGAGCACAAGCGGAAUUACUGCAAACUACGGUUCACAUGUAAAUGUCACACCUUCAAUGGAACAGCCCCAAGAGAUUCUACAACAGCUCUGCUCUGCGUUCUCUGCAAGGUAUCAUUCCCUUCAGCAUGGGAAUUGAUGGUUCACGCUCAGGCAGCUCACAUGAUCAACAUUUACGAGCUAGGAACUCGACCCCAGAGUCCCAGAUCUGCUCCCAGCCCUCCGCAAAGUCCAAACCAACAUCAGAAGGAAUCAUCGCCGUCACCGCAAGAUUUUCAAGAAACCAAAGCAUCGGAUUGCGAAGAACGCGCAGAGGAAGAAGAUCUGGAUGGACACGAAUUAUUGCCGUCCCCUGACAGCGGCAAGUCAACGGACAAUGAAGCAGCUUUGUCACCGAUUAAGAUACGAUCUGAUGUAAAUGGACUGGACCAUGAAGAAUGUGACGAGCUGAUUCACGUUGAAAAUACCACACAAGCUUGUAUCAUGCAUGCCCUCAGCAUUGACUCGUCCUUGGAACUCAACUCUGACACGAACUCGAGGGGAAGUUCUGGCCCAGUCAUGGCGUUGACUAAUGGAUCCUUGUCCGCGAAGGAAUAAGUCGAAAAAAGAAUUAGACAUUGCAACACGGUUUUCCCUGUCCAGGGACUCCUGUACCAACGCCACCAAUGAGACAUAUCGAUCUCCUUUAAGGAUAACACACCCCUCUGUAUAUAGCUAAAUGCCUAACAAAUAAUUCAGGGUCGUCUCAUGCCAGAUCUGGGACCUAUUUUGGCGAAUUUAGUAUCGAUGGAUUUCGAAUCGCCCCGAGGAUUCGACGAACGAGAAAGAUUUAAACCGUUUCGCUUCCAUUUACGUCCAUCUCAUCGAUUAAUCCUCUUUCUUUUUUCUCCUGUGCUCCCUUCUCUAUGAAAUCUAGUCUUCAAGAAUGGAUCGAUAAAGCGUCGAUCUCUUUAUUCGUUCUUUCUUCUCUCCUUUUUCUUCUUUUCCCUUAAAAAUUUCGCUCUUUGCACACGUAUUUUCGCGACGCGUAUAAAAUAUUACAGCCAAACUCGAACUCGAUAACAUUCGUGAAACACAUAGUAUGAGAAUUCUAUUCGAUGAAAAUUACACUUGACGAUCGAACAUUCGGAAAAUUUCUUCUAGUCACGGUAUUAUUCGUUAUCUGUGACAUACUAACUCUCUUAUCGAUUUUAUCGUAAAAAUGAUGGCCGCGUAUGGUAUGGUAUGGUAGAGAUAACGUUGCAUGAAACGUGUUUCAGAAGAUUCGUUAAGAUUUGUCCAGCUCUCUAUCUGUCUCGCGAGACGGGCAAAGAUUUUUUAAGUAGACGCCACGGAGGAUUCCUAAGUAGGGUGCAACGUUAAUGGAUUCUUUUUCUAGCGUCGUUGAGAAUAGGUGAAAACCAGGCCGUCCGUUUGUGGUAGCGUUUUAUGAAAAUUACAAGUAGUCUUCCGGAGUCCCGGCACCGGCGUAGAUCGCACAGUAACGAGAACGUUCGUUGCUCUCUGAGAGAAUUAGUUAAUUAAUCGUGUUCCUUUUUAAUUCUCCGAAGAAAGCUACGUCUGGAUUUUACUCUUUAAAUUGCACCAUGCUGAAUCCAAGAUUAACUCCAAUCGAGUAAUACGGUUGCUCCUGUAGAGACCUUUAAAAAUAUAUCACACCCAAUAAAUACAGGCUCAUACGACACAGUUAAGAUUAUGAAGGAGGAAAUAUUUAUUGAUAAAUUCAAUUGUCCAUCUAAUUUUUUAAUUACUUCCCACGGGCACUUUAAUUCCAUGCAGUGAUUUAUGCAUGUAUUGAAAAGCAGAAAUAUAGAAUUACGUAUCUUCGUAGUAUAAGGAUGAAGUCCAUUUAAUUUCCAAUUAGUUUAAAAGCUUAGCCAGAGUUUCCAUUCCACAAUUGGAUAAAGUGAACAAUUUUAACGCAUUUAAAUUUAGAAGAAUAAUGUUUACCUCUUGUAUAUCGAUUAUUGCGAUAACGCCUUUUAUACUUUGAGGAAAGACAGCUGUGCGAUCUCCGAUCUACAAAUACGAUUUGUAAAUAAAUUGAACUGUUUUUCGUAUAUCUCGUAGCUCGAUAAUAAAAAGUCGAUUAGUUCUCGGCCGGGCAUGUUAAUCGUCAACGCUUAAUUACCGUUUAGGACGUUGUAAAUAUUCGUGUUAACCUUAAGUUAGCGUAAAGACGGUAGCAGUUACGUUUCCUAGGAUUAAUUAGGGGAAAGAUUCGAACGAACCUCGGAACGUUUUAAAUCGCCGGAAACGUUCUUGACUCCGCGGGCAGUUUCGAUCGCAUUGAUAUAAAUUUAGCCUAAAUCUGAUGCUGAUUUAGCGUCGAGCUGACCGCCACGAUACAUAAUGAUUAAGACAUUUUUCGAUCCGGUUGGUAAUAGAUGGGUGACAAUGAGUGAUCGUAAAAGAAAGAAAGAAGAAACAAAGAAAAGAAAAAGAUAGAAAACAAGAAAUUCUAUUAUAAUUUCCACGGUAGAUAAGAUCCGCCAUGUGAAGUUGAUUUUAUAGAAUUGACAGUAUGUGUGAGAGAGAGAGAGAGAGAGCGAGAGAGAGAG